AUGGCCUCAGUUUGGGGUACAGAAUCCUCGGAUCAGACUGGGAGUAUUUUCAGUCCCGACGGUUUAGCAGUCCGUAAAGGAAAUCCGAUACCAGGCAGCCAGGCCUCUACGGCGCAAGUGUUACCGUUGACGGACAAUCAGCGCCAUGGUUACGUGCCGGGCCGUGGUCAAACUCCUUCGAAUAGGAAGGGUCUCUCGGAUCGUAACUCAAGUUUGAGAAAGGCUCCUCCAGCGAUAACAUCUCCAGCUCCCAGCGGACCUGCUACCUCUAAUCCACCACACUCACUGGUGUCCAUGCCCAGUGAAGUAUUCAAAGCUGGUCGGAAUAUCUUGAAUCCACCUUCCUUGACUAGAUCCCUUGCGGAUGAGUUCGCUACCCCUGAACCACUUACAAGCUACAGGGAGGCAUACUCUAAAAGGUAUCAAAGCAACCGAGAUGCAUCUGGUCGGCCAUAUCAACUCCUGGAGUUGCCAGCUCCAGAAAUUAUGGCUUUGCAAAAUCGGGCGCUGCCAAAUUUGCCUUUUCACCUUCUCGUCCAAGAGCAAGAUGAGAUUUUAUCCAAAGUUAAUGACUUGCUGUCCCAAAGUGCUUUUUAUUUCAUGGCCAAAUAUCAAUUCCGCAUUCCGCUGGAGCCGGAUAAGAGACCAGUCCAAGUCUCAGGAGACCGAGAAUGGACCGAAUGGGUUUUCCUCCUCAAGAGCAUGGCUUCGAAAAGACUCAUUCCGGCUCGGGUUCUCUAUAAUGGUCAAAUUAAGCAAUUUGUGACUAUUUUAGAGAACUCCCUGGAAAGGACCAAAACUGGAUUGGUUCCGUGA